AUGCACUUCAACUAUAUAAUCGCUUUCACAUUCGCUGCAAUCUCCAACGUUAUUGCUGGCGCAGUUCCUGCACCGCCCAACAAUGGCGGCAUCAUGUCGCUCGAAGAAAUGAAAUCAUGGGUCAGCGCUUUACCCCCAGACGAAGUGACUCUCAUCGGGGACCCGUUCUCUGCCCUCUCCUUGCGCUCUGCAUCGGCAGUCACCGUCACAUUCUGCAGCACCCGCUCAGGCACCACCUGCACCGGGCCAUGCCACACGGAGACAAUUGCAGGCGGCACCUGUGUCGAAGCUCCAAACACCAAUUGCAUCGGGGCCACUGGCCAGGUUACAUUCUGCGAUCGUGCUGGAUGCGGCGGAACAUGUAAUGAGAUCAACUCGUGCGGAACGCGCUUGGAAAACAAUUUUUGCUUCACUCCGGGCACCAAGUCAAUUGGUAUCCCUGCUGGAGCAUAA